GUUCGACAGGCAGUGGUGCUUAUAUCAGUACUGAGUCAGGUCUCAUUGCGCGAGCUUCGCACUUGUAUCAUCAAACGUUUUUAAACUCAAUAUAUUUUUUCAAUGCAACUUUGUAAUUUGUGAUAUUCUCGGUCAUUCUUUGAAUACAUUUGCGAAGUUGAUUUACAUGGAUUGAAUUUAAUUUAUCAUGAAUGCCACUUCAGAAAAAAACAGUAAAGCAAUAGUAGAAUAUGGCUCGACAAAUAAUAUUUCUAGAGAUAAAAAGCGAACAUUCACAGAUAUUCCAUCGCUUAUAAUUUUUAGCAUAUUUUUCAUAUUUUACAUCGCCAUAGGAAUAUUCGCAUUUUGCAAUGGUGAUGCUACAAAGGUGCAAUGGGAGGCAAAUCCUGAAUUCGAGAGAAAAAUGGAUUUUAUUAACAAUUUAUUAGAAAAUAUGAACGAUUUGAGAUAUGUUAUUCUCAGUUUUGUUUCUUUCGCUUUGUUACUGUCAGUACUAUAUAUUGUAAUAUUGCGAUGGAUCCCUGGAUUUUUUGUUUACACUGCUAUUAUAAUCGAAUGUGCAGUAUUAACAAUAUUUAUUAUUUCUAUACCUAUCUUUUUUCUUGCAUUAGAAGGUCAAUAUAAUCUUUCAAAAUUAGUAUCUGGUAUUGUAUUUAUUGUUUUGACAAGUAUCAAACUGUACAUUCUCAAGCAAGUUGGAACUACAGUGAUUUGUGAAGUGAUAAAAGAAUCUUGCCGAGCUAUUUUAAAUUUCCCAAGUUCUAUACUGCUAUCGGUCUUUGUGUACAUCUUGGAAAUUUUCUCAGUUUUAAAUACUUUAUCUAUAUUUUCAUACUUAAUGACGAUUCAAUCAAACUAUAAAAAAGUUAGCAUGAGUUCAAUGGAUAGCUGCCAAUGUCUCCCUGAAUUGAUGUACGAUGAUGGAAGUGAGUGUGAUGAGGAUGUAUUCAAGACCAUGUGUAAACCAGUUGGCGGAAUAGGUUCAUGUAUGAUAUCAUCUUGCAUUGCCUAUCUUGCAACGCCAUCUUACAUAUACUUCUUCCACGUUAUUAACCUAAUAUUUGGACUAUGGCUUGUAACCGUAAUCUUCUAUUUUGGCCAAAUGCUACUUUCUGGAACGUUUGCUACUUGGUAUUGGACUACGAAUAAAAAGUCUAUUGGAUUUACAACAGUUUCUAGAAAUGCCGUUACAAUAAUGAAAUAUCAUUUAGGAACAUUGGCACACGGUACAUCCCCUUGGGUUAUUGUUUCGAUAAUACACUCGGUAUAUUCAACUUUCAAAAUGAGCAAAUUUUGGAGAGCACCGUGGACUAUGUUAGUAUGUUGGUGGACGAUCUUCUGUAAAGCAGCUGAUAAUGGAAUGAUUCUAAGUACUAUUCACGGCGAAAAAAUGUCCAGGUCCAUACAAAUGGCUACUGAUCUUUGUUAUCGUAACCCCCUACGAUUUUACAUUAUGAAUAAGACAAUAGAAUGGCUUGCUAUUUUUAUGACACUUUUCGUUGUGUCGAUAACAUUACCGAUAACUUUCGGUUAUAUUGCAUCGCAGAGUAACGAACCAACAUGGAUAUAUACGUUUUUGAUUGCAAUAAUAAUUUGCGCUUUGCUGAUGAUAUUUCCAAUAUUAAUUCUUCUCAGCAUAAGUAUAAACACAAUUAUUCUUUGCAUUUUCGAUGAUCUGAAAAAUAACGAAGAAACAAAGGAAAAAAGGCAUCAUAUGAACCACAAACUUGAAGAUUUGUUAGUAGUAAAAUAAAUACAUUUAUUUUUAUAAA